AUGCCGCAAUAUUGUAAAAUGGAUCGGCCAAGAAUCCAGGACCUUCUGAUUUCAAAGCCAGUGCUCUGCCUCCUGGAACCCAAAACUGGACUUACAGUCGAAGCUGCAGCCUACCUUCGGAUCAGCUCAAAGUCUACUGAACAUCCACAUCCUCAUUUUCAGGCCAUUUCCGUCUACAAAAUGAAGCUCUUGGCCAUUGCUGUCAUCAUGUGCCUCGCUGUGCUGUACACUCAGGCUUUACCAGCCGAAAUGCCAUCUUCACCACUGCUGCUGAGUCGGGUGGCCAGGUCACCUCAGUUCCAUCCCCGAGACUGUGUCCCGUGCGCUUGCAGAACCAAGAUCACUAAAAUUACCAUAAUCGAACAUGAAGUAAGGCCAACAGCCGCAAGGUUCGGCGGCCACGGCGGCGGCCACGGCGGCGGCCGCCCGUGCUGCCCAUGCCCUCCAUUUCCCUUCUGAUGCCGCUGUUGCUCAUGGACGGAUGUUCUAGACGGAAAAUCUUAAAAUUCCAGAAACAGAAACUGAACAAACCAAAUGGUUUAUUAUUAUUGAAUGUAUUCAUAUGCAAAUAAAAUUGGUGUAACUAA